CAAUAUUCCUAUUUGUAAGCGAUGACAUCAUGUGGUCCAGUACCCCUGUUUGUGUCGAUUCAAGAAGCGAAAUGUAUAUUAUGGGAAACUGAAGUCUAUUUUGUACUCACUAUACCAGAUCAUACCGGACCGUCCGUUUCGAAUCCUGCCCACAGUAAAGCAGCGCACCCAAAGCAGCGUUGCCUCGUCAAUUUCGCACUCCAGGGGAUGCUUCGUGCUGGCAACGCGUGAGUUAUACGACUGGACCACCACAACCACAGAGAGGUCAAACCACGCUAGCUAGCUUGCCAUGGCCUCUUCCUCCCCGCGCCCGGUGCUCCGUCACGUGGCCAUGCUCCCCUUCAUGGCCAAGGGCCACGCCAUGCCGCUCCUCCACCUGGCCCGCCUGCUCCUCCGCCGCGGCCUUGCGUCGGCCGUCACCUUCCUCGCCACGCCACGCGACGCGCCCUUCAUCCGCGCGGGAGCUCCGGGCGCGGCCGUCGUCGAGCUGCCGUUCCCCUCCGACGGCGGCCCGCAGAGCAUGGAGGAGCUCCCCUCCGCGUCCCACCUCCUCGACGUCGUCUCCACCGCCGCCGGGCUCCGCCCCGCGUACGCGGACGCGCUGGCCCGGCUCGAGCCAAGGCCCGACCUGCUCGUCCACGACGGCUUCCUCCCCUGGGCCAAGGACGCCGCCGACGAGCUCGGCGUGCCGCGACUCGUCUCCUUGGGCAUGGGCGCCUUCGCCUCCUACGUCUCCGGCGCCGUCCUGGCGCAAAAGCCGCACGCGCGCGUGAGCUCGCCGACCGAGCCGUUCACGGUUGACGGCUUGCCCGGCCUCCGGCUCACGAAGGCCGACCUGUUCCCGCCCUUCGACGAGCCGGAGCCGGCCGGCCCGCACUGGGACUUCGUGUGCGAGAGCGGCAGAUGCAUGUGGUCGAGCCGGGGCACCAUCGUCAAUUCCUUCCUUGAGCUCGAGUCAAUCUACAUAGACAAGUGGAACCGGGAGAACCCGCUCCCGCUAAAGAUGUGGCCGGUCGGUCCGCUCUGUCUUGCAAAUGAACCGGUCCAGGCCCUGGACCCAGAUCUAUCCAGUUGGCUCGACUUGAGGCUCACCAUGAACCGGCCUGUUCUGUACGUCGCCUUUGGCUCGCAAGCUGACCUGAGCCAGGCGCAACUGGAGCAGAUUGCGAUUGGGUUGGACCGGUCCGAUCUGGACUUCAUUUGGGUGGUACGAUCCAAGUGGUUGGAUCAAGAGGACCGGUUCGAGGGCCAGUUUGGAGACAGGGGCAAAGUGGUCCAAGGCUUCAUCAACCAGCUCGGGGUCCUGAGCCACAGGUCCGUCAAGGGGUUCUUCAGCCAUUGCGGCUGGAACUCGGUGAUGGAGAGCAUCAGCACCGGCGUGCCCAUCCUUGCAUUCCCAAUGGCCGCCGAGCAGAAACUCAACGCAAAAUUCGUUGUCGAUGAGCUUGGAGUUGGACUUCGGGUUUGGCCGACAAAGAGAGGGGACGACGACACCACGGAAGGUGGGCUAGUUGCAAGUGGAGAUGUGCAGGCGUUGGGGAGAGAGCUGAUUUUAGGAGAGAGAGGAAAGCGUGCUGCCGCUAGAGCGAGCAAGCUUGCGGCCUCUGCCAGAAGCGCAAUGGAUGCGGGCGGGUCCUCAUUUGAAACCCUAGAGCUGAUGGUCAGUGAGAUUGGCAUGGGUGAGUCGAAGAGUGAGUGAGUAGUCAGUCAAGUGCUAUUGCUUUAAUUUCUGGGAGCAAUUUGGAUUAAUAAUGUACUGUAUUAUUAAAAUUCCCCCUUUUGGGCUAGUCGGCUGGAAUGGAACGACUCGUGUGGUAGAUGCGUUUAUAGCAAUCAAUUACAUGUUGGUAAGCAUAUCAAUCACCUAUUGCAAAUAAAAAUGAUCUAUCAUAUCAAUCACACCAAACGUAAUGGCCAGUGACGGUACGUACGUGUGUUGUUGCUUUG